AUGCUCUCACUUCCGCUUAUGAGCCUGUCCACGGCUCAAGACGCAGAUGCCAAGCAGCAGAAAUUUAACUGGCAGAAAGAAACACACGACCUCACUUUUGUAAUCGAUAGCUAUGGUGGACGCGAUAAUGCCCAGCUCAUAAAAGUGGUUCAGGGCAUACAGGUUCGGCACCUUAUAGAAAUAGAGCGACUAGUGAAGGAAGGAGAGCAACUGGUUCGUCAAAUGCAAAAUCAAGGAGUGCAAAUGCAGGCGGAACAGCUGCCAACCUCCGCCAUUGUUCGCAACCCAUUGCUUGCUAUUCGAUGGCGAUUACCCAACCAAAAGGUUCGUCGUAUCCAAAUCAGAUUCAAGUCCGAAGGAGACUUCGACACGGCAUUCAACCGCCUUCGCCAGAUCGGCCUUCAUAUGACCGGGCACAACACUGCACCAUCCAUAACGGCUCCAUCUCCGAGGCCAGCACAAACAUUGCCGUCGCUCUCCAGACCCGCCAUGGAAUUUGCCACUUCUUCUGAACGACCCAUGAGUAAUGCUAGCAUAGGUAGCGGACUGACUUGCCCCCCGUCGCGACUAGCAGAAAUCUCCAAUCGACCUCACACUGCCGUCAAUGGAUCUACAACUUUCGAAAAUCACUUAAACACAGCUACUAACGUUCGUGUGUCAUCCGCUACUCCGAGCUCUGACCGAAGAGACACUCUUACUACAGCUUCUUUCUCCAGUCCUCUGAAUCCACCAGUACUUUUUCCUCGGCCUCAAUCGGCCACCGCUGAUAUCUUGAGUCGCAGUUGGAAAGAUGCCUCCUCCUUCUCAGAUCACUCUCGCUCCACUGUAGAAGAGCGCCCACAAGCAUCUACUGAGCGCCCAGAAACUGCAAUGCUUUUCAAUCGCCCAGGUACUGCUGAACUGCUACCGCCGCGACGAGAACUCCCGUUCCAACGUCUAUCAGAGCCACGAUCAUCGGGAAGCGACAGUGGUCGAACUCCUGAUAGUCGGCCAUCCACGGGAUUGAUGGGCCCUCCUGCUCUACCGCGCUCAGCUGCCCAACGACCCGGAUCCAGUCGUAGCGCAAACAGCAAGGAUGUUGAGCUCCCCCCUCUACCACAGCCCACUGUGAUUGACAAGGUUGGCCGUGGGAAGCAGCCAAUGCAGCAAGCCCCUCUUACACCGAAUCAAGAUCAAAGCUCAUUUCAACUUACAAAGACGUCCCCAAAUAACCGUUCUGGGAAUGCGCCGUCACUCACAGUGUUCUCGUCUCCGGUGUCUUCUCCGCUAUCAUUCACGAAUUCGAGUUCCCCUAAUUCAGUAUUGCCACAUAACCAAAUAUCAGAAGCUAAUGGGCGUAUCUCGAACGCGUCCGUUGCCAGUGGUACUACAGUUGGAGCUAAUGACGCCGAACACCUGGCGGCGUAUACAAUGCAACCUGACGAAGCCCGUAGAGCAGCACUCAACGAGUUCAUCUUCCGCCAUCUUGAGAGCGACGAGUUUCUCACGUUGGUGGAGGACAUGGAAACGGCUUGGGCUCGGGUUGCUCUCGGUAUGAGGUGA